CAACUCCCAUCAUAUGCUUGUUAGCCUUGGCCUUUUUGCGAUCGGUACAUCCACGAUAUCUGAGUGCAUUGUGCGAAAGACGUUCCGAAUUCAUUAGCGCCGUCUCUUUCCUCUUCUCCAGUUAAUGGCACCCAUCAAUGUUGCAUCCAAAAGAUCUGUGCCUGAGACACAGCUUAGAGCAUGGGGCGCUUGUCUCCAGAAUCCAUAUGCACCAUUGGUUGAACGCUCUCGCGCACUUUGGGGUCUUCGUCACGCUGGCGAACCUUUGGCUACGGAACUUCUAUGCUCCUAUCUGUCAGAUGUGGUGGAACCAUCCCCAGCAGCAAAUGCUCUGUUGCAGCAUGAGGUCGCCUACUGCCUUGGCCAGCGUGGAGACUUGGAAGCAGUUCCUGUAUUGGCCAACGUGAUGCGUAACAGUCAUCACCAUCCAGUGGUCAGACAUGAAGCCGCCGAGGCAUUGGCUGCCCUGUGUGAAUUUCCCGGAGCACCCAUUGAUGCCAUCGAAAACCUGUUCCGAGAGUAUGUCGACUGCGAUACCAUUGAACUUGCCCAUACGUGCGGAAUCGGUCUCGGACGCUUGGCGUGGUUACGGCAGCAACCGAAAGACUUUCCAAAUCGAACCAUCGCGAAAGACUUCUUUCCCGAUACCAUUGAUCCCGCCCCUGGUUUUGAUCCGGAAGUACGUGGGAGUCCAAUCCAGUUGCGUGAUUUGUUAAUAAACCCGGAUCAACCACUAUUCACGCGUUACCAGGCUCUGUUCAGUCUGCGUGACUACAUUUUAGAAGCCAAACUGUAUUCGUGCGCCAAUGGUCCAUCAGCCAACGAACUCGCUACUUUAUUAGCAGAAGGUUUGACGGCUCCUGGAAGUGCCUUGCUUCGUCAUGAGGUCGCUUACGUGUUAGGCCAGCUGGCGAUGCAGGUCACUGUCCCGGACUUGGCAGAAUGUCUACAGCGCGUCACGGAGCACCCUAUGGCCCGACACGAGGCCGCUGAAGCACUCGGUGCCGUAGCUGGUCAAAUCGAGGCGGGGCUUGCGUCCAGCGGAUCCGAAGAAGCAAGCACCUUCGCAAAAGCUGCACGAUGUGUUCUCCGUCAUUCGCUAACGGACAAGGAGCAGCUAGUCAGAGAAAGCUGUGUACUUGCUCUUGACAUUGCGGACUACGUCUGUUCCACCGAUCAGUUCCACUAUCCAUCUAUGCCAUGUUGAACGCCAGUACUAUAGAGACGUCGCAGCCUGUAAAGCCUUAUUUCUGUACACUGCAUUUUUCUAAUCCGUUGGAAAAUCGCGUUUGUCCUUUUACUGUUCUUUAUGGGGCAUUGAAAUUGCUCCUUAUAGAUGACCGUUAUUAUCGGGUAAAAUGUGCAUUGCUACGC